AUGACAGGGCCCCAGGAGAGCUACGCGAGGGAAGGAGCUGAUGUCCCCAUAUACAAGCACAAGGAGCAGAGCUGCUGCUACCCUGGAAUACCCUCCUUAAGUCGCCGCCCACUCGGCCGCGCGCUCCCGCAGCUUCCUGUGCCGCGGUGCGCCGGAGUGCGGAGGCUGCGAGACCCACGCCUCCCCGCCCGAGGGUGCGCGUCGGAGAGGUCGGGCCGAGCGGGGCUCUCCAGCGAGGGCCGGGACGCCUUUCCCACAGCUCGAGACCUCGGACACACCUGGGCCGCCCGGCCCCGCCGCCCCACGCCCGUGUGCCUUGGUGCCCCGCGGUCCACACCGCGGGCCCGGAGGACUGGGCCUGGGCGCUAUGGGAUGGCUCAUGUUCCCCCACUCCUGGAGCUUUACUUCCCCCGGGCUGUCACAUCAGCGGGUGCUCCGCAGCCUUCCCCGAGCUCAGCCCUGUCCUCUCCGCGUCCCCUCCUGCGUCUCUGCCGAGAUGGGCCCGGCCUGACCGCCCGCGCUGCUCUGGAUGACCGCAUUUGUUUGCUUUCCCCCAUUCUCCGUGUCUCCUUCUCCCUCUUUCUGCCUGCAGAUGUUGCGCUGAUCGGCGCUCUGCUGCUGACUCCCGCGGGCCGCGUUGGCCUCUGUGUGUCAUCCCGCAUCCGAGCCGAGGUUCCCUGUUGUCUGUUCUCCACGCGUUCCACUGUUUCCGGAUUAUGUUCCGGAACCGAAGCCGCUUAGACACGUCUGUGGGCUUGGAGCAGCUCAGAGGUGAAAACUGUUGAGACAGACACAACGUGAAAUACCCAUUGGUCUUGCUGUCUUUACCUUCCG